UGAUCAGAUGCACCUGGACGACCCUCGUUCCCCGGCGAGCGUACAGAGCAGUAGCUACGAGCCACCGUCGCCCGCCAUCUCCUACGCCGGGAGCACGUCGCAGCAACCCAGCGCCAACUUUGUUGACGUUGGGAGCGGCAACCCGCUGAUCGACAACAUGGAUCUCAUGGCGGACUUCAUGACGGACAGUGGCGCCCCCUUCUCGCCGCAGGUCGACUACGUUGAUGACCUCGUCGACAUGAGCGUCUUCAACCUGGUGUGUGGUCAGGGUCAGGACAUGUUCCUGGGUGGGGCGGGGGAUCCCGACAGCACCAACUAGACACUCCUCUCACAGCAGGUAGCGCGCGGUGGGGAGCAAAUGAAAUGCGUUUCUCUCGCGGGCCGACCAUAACGGUUUUGAAUUUUGGGUCGCGCCUGAGGCAUUGAACAAGCGAGCGUGGGUUUACGAUCACCAGCGUGGUGUGAUUUGUGGCGAUGUUCAGGCGAUUUCCGAAAUCGACCGUCAUCGAUCGUUCGCUUGUCUCGCUCUCUCCACUCGACGCACUGCAUUCUACGUCUCCUGUUGGAUUUCUCAACUCGGGUUCACAGGAGUACGCCCGGGUCUCACGUCUAAAGCAUCUCCGUGGUUUAUGUAUCAGCUGCUGAUUAAGAUGCCAAUUGGAGUUGUGAUGUUAGAAAUCACUCGGACUAAUCGUUAUGUAUUGAUAACCGAGAUAGCAUACUCAUGUAAUGAAAUGAUACUCGUAGAAACAACUGUGUUGCUACUUUAUUCGUUGAAACUACUAAACUUGCACGGCUGAGUUUGUUGCGAUGAAGUUAAAAUGUAAAUCUUGUGUGGUAACACCGAUGAGAGAACGAAAAAAUGUUUAUCGAUGCACUAAGUAUUUGUUCUAGUUGUGGUCAAUCGCGGUGUCGAAUUUUGUAGGAAGAUAAUACACUAAAUCCUUUCGAUCUACCUAAUAGUAUGAACGUAUCUAUGCUCUAUACUAUGCAAAUAUAGCUAUAUUCAUGAUGUUGAUUAUAGUAGUUUUUACAAAUAGAUGUGUGCUAUGAAGAACUACCUUUGCUGGAGUAAUUUGUCUGCUUCAUUAGAUUUAGCUGGUGCUGUUGGGAUCCCCUGUCUCAAAUAUUGCCGUCUCUUAACAGUCUUAGAAAUAACAGAUCCCCUGCCUUCCUCAGGGUUGGCUAGAUUUUGUGGAUUUUACUCUAGAUUAAAGAGUAGAAAUCUAAGUUUUUUGGGGACUGGCUAGGCUUUCACACUUAUUUCUAAGACGGAUCUGACGUGAAAGCGGAUGUUGGUAGCAUUUCUUUCUGCAUCCUCUCUAAAUGUCAUCUCGCGUUCCUGCACGCGGCCCAAACUCUGAUCCGCUUCUCUUUUGGUCAUGCAGCGGAACAUGCACAUAUUGUGCACCUCCCAUUACUACCCAUCUCUGUUUCACCUGACCGGGGGUUGCGUCAUGAAUGCAAAACCGAGGGGAUAUAAUCUGCUUGAAACAAAUGAAAUCUUGCGAAUGAAAUAUUUCCGAAGAGGUUGUUGUCUGUCGCGCGGUAUCGGCUGUUAGUCACUACCCUUGUAAUUAAGUAGCUCACACGACCGGUGUUGUUCAGUUGCCACCGCAAUGACUGGCCCAGCUGUGAUAGUAAAAUGAUAUUUAAGUACUGAUCUCUAUUUUGUUUAUCGCCGUUCAGAAUGGCGACGUGUUGAAUUUUUUUAGGCCAGCGAUUCUCUGAAUGUGUCUCAGAAUCCCAGCACGCGGGUGCUGCAUAUGUGACGUCGUCCGUUUUUGGGGGGUAAAAAUGUGUAUAAGUGCACA